AUGUCCCAGCAACCACACCGUUACCACAAGUUGCCAUGGUGGAAGCGGAUUGUGCUUGACACGGCGUACCGGCAACGUGUGAAGACGCUCGCAACGCAGCGCCACCGUGAGGAGAUGCAGCUACUGCAGGACUUUCCACGCGAGGUGGCAUCCGCCGCCUGGGACGACGGCAGACCAAUCCCCCGGUCAGCACAGUACAUCUGCGUGGAGGAGGAGUCCUGUGCGUGGGCCACGCGGCACCCGGAAAGUAUGAUUAAAGUAUCCGCCUUCCGCAACCUGCGAACGGCAGCGGCGUCUGUCGUCGUUGCCAGCAACCGAACAGAGGAACGAGACGCACAGAUUAUUGCGGAGGUAAAGCGGUUGUACGACGCUGAGACGGCAUCGGAGCGGCUCUACGGACUUUCUUAUGUAUGGAAUCGUCCACUCCCGCCAAACGGCCUCAUUCGUGUGUGGCCUGACCCUACAUCCGCUAUGUGGCCCGCGUUGCUGGCCGCCUCUGCAGCCACUGUGCCCUGCCACCUGACCCUGCCAGCCCCAGAGGGUAAUCUCGCGCUGUUUCUAGGGAUGAGACCCACGUGCCUGACUGACCCCCUUUGCAUCAACGUUUUCCGCCGCAAUGGUGAGUACCUUGGAGCGUGGCGUCAGUCACUGUUUCUCAUUCGCUUCAAAGUUAUUUGCUGGGCGUUGCACGAGGAGGAGCGUCAGCGCACCUGCGGCGUGGUGGGCCGCCCAGUGCUAGCAUCCGACAAGGCCAUGCCAGCCCUUGUGUGUGGGCGGACACUACAAAAUGUUCCGGUGCUUCCCUUGCCUCUGCUACGCCUGCAGCGUGGGACGGUCACAUUCAGUGAGAAGAUGCGCCGCCUAAACCUUCACAGCCUCCACCCUCCACUGACGUGGGAGGGUAUCGCCCCCGCCCCCUCCACCUACCGGGCGGAGCAGGCGUACCAGAAUUGGCACGCGCUGCACCGGGGCUCAGCUGUAGUGCAGCAGGCCGUGCGAGAUGUGUUUAACUUGCUGCCGCAAAAUGAGAACAGGUUACUGACAAAGACCACGUACGUCGAGUUCUUUUUGGAUCUGUUAAACCUCUUCUUUCCAACGCACAUUUCCUCCGCCAACAUUGCCAUUGCGGAGGAGGAGUGGGUGUACCGCGGCACCACAGACUUGGUGAGUUUUGAGACCUUUUACGAAAAGUUUUUUAGCUUUCCGUUUAUUUUUCUGCGUGACCUCAACACCGUGACGCGAGAUCAGUACGUGGAGGUGUGGUGCCUGAUUCGCAUCUGCCUUUUGGGGGAUGCGGACGCCAUUCCCCCCAAUUUGUGCAGUAUAAUCGCCUUGGAAUCGUCCUCCACCAGGACAGUUGGCAUGACGUCUCUCAAUACGACGACGGCGAAGGCUCACGUUGCGGCGUCUCACAUCACUGCCUACAGCAGACCACGGCGGCCGAUGACGGUGCUGGAUGCCACCUUGUGCUCCAUGGAUAAGUUGAAGUAUUUGGGGCAGCGUGAGGUCCCGCCGCUCAUUGGGGACAUUUAUGGCGUCACCCAGGAAGACGUGCUGCGGCUGGGGGAGAGGAACUUUCACAACACAGACAACUACGCACUGCACGAGGUACGGCGGGCGGCAAUAGUGCGGGACGACGCGCACGACAUGUUGUCGCCCGUCAAGGUGAAGGCCGCUGUGCAUGCGAGGGGUCAACGGUUGCUCUCGCAGAUCGCAAAAUCUCUGCGCCGGCAACAACUGCAGAAAGAGGCCCAGAAGAGGCAGAGCUGCGGCAAGGAGAGGGAAAGGAGCACGGAGGGCGAGGAGGGCACCGGUGCCAGUUAUGAGGUUAUUAAAAUUGAUGAGCAUGGAGAGGCGGAGGAGGGCAACUACUCUGCGCUCCUCGAAUGCAGCACCUCCUCUGGGCAACGUCCCCGACAAGACAAGAGGAGAGCCGAGAUGGGGUGCGUGAAAGGAACGGGGAGGUUCCGCGCGGAGUUGGAGAAGAUUGAGGAAGAGCGUGUGAAGAAGCAGCUGGUGGAGACCUCGGUGUUUUACCGGCAUCGGCGCAUGCGACGGCAUGCCGAACGAGCAAAGCUCCUCUCGCACGUCUCCCGCAGCCACAGCUCGUGGGAGUUGUACCGGCAGGAUGUUUUUGAGCUCCAACACGAGUCGCUGGAUGAAGAGGAGGAUCAUCUGUUGGCAUUCGUCCGGGACCUUCCAGACGACUUCUUUGACGAUGAAAAUUCGCUGCGGACGCGGUACUGCGUCUACGCCGCCCGCCUUUGCGCACUUGCGGAGCGCGCCAGACACGGCAAUCCCGAUGCGACGGGACCUUCUUCGCUGGCGCUGCUGCGGACAAACUUGUCGGGCACGUUAACCGGAGUCGAAGCGGAGUUGGUCUCCUCGUACAUGUUGCCGAGCUCGCCGAAGAGUACUGUAGGUGGCAGUGUGCCUCCGUCCAGACGUGGAUUGGAGUCAAGACGCGAGUUGUUGCCUAAAGAGGCAGGCUGGGUGUCGCCUGCCUCGAACCUGGCGUCAGUGAGCGUGGGAAAAACACUCAAGCUCUCUAGUGGGGAGGGGAAAGCGAAUUUUUUGGCGCCGUCGUUGGUAUUCAGCACUGUAGUUAGUCGGAAUCCAGCAGACGGGGUGUGCGGCGACAGAGUGAUCAAUGACGUGCGUUCCCGGCGAACAGCUUUGCAGCGAGGGGAAAUGGUGGGGCCAAAGCGGGCGCUGCAGCUUCGGUUGCAACUAAAGCAGGAGUUGAACCGCCGCUAUAAUGCAAUGCUUGCGGCGCGACCGCGCCACCUGCUUCCCGCCUCCGUGAACGCCGCAAGGAAAGGGGCUGCCGCUGCGGGUAGAGGCCACGUCGGGGCGGGCGCCCGUCGGCUGCCAUCUCAGCAGGAUGCCUGA